GCCAAACUCUCUUUGGGAGUACUGAAACCCCGUUAGACGCCGCUUUCCCUCUCAAAUCCUUGUUCAGAAACACGCGAAGGCACUUAUAGACCGCUACAUGUCUGAAUCCGAGUUGAACGAGAGUAUCAAACAGACGGGAUUUCCUGAGUCUGGCUGGGAAGAACAGUUCAAAGCAUACGACACGGCUUUCGACGCCUCGAUGGCUGCCAACGGAGAAGCGUUACCGGCGCAAGGCAGGAAGCCCUCAUCUAGUGAAGUUUUCUCCGACGCCGUUCAUUAUGUUCGUAUUGAAGGUGUUUCGGGAUUGGUCGGCUAUGCCAUUCGAUUCUGGGACGGAGGUCUUCAGGAUGAAGGCCAAUUCUGCUUUGAUCUCUUCGACCUGUCUGCUAAGCAUGCCGUAAACACGUCUCGCUUUGGAAUCUCCUUCACGGUCAUCCCAGAGGUCGGAAAACUGACGAUGGCGUUCUCGGGUCCUCUUCGUAGCUGGGAGACAAACAUGGGAUUUACUCCCGAGGAGAUUCGCGCAGGGGAAGAGCGCUUUAGUAUUUUAGAAGAUACUUUACUGUCGCUCGAGCACCCUAAUUCGUCCCAGCCAUUCCUCUUCAGGUCUCCGAAGAGGGAUAUUCCUAUCGGCUCGCAGACAGUGCAUUGCCCUGUCCCUUGGAAUGAACUUCGCAACAUGUAAAAGCACGUAGAUCAGAUUCCGAAUACGAAAGUGAUUCCUCG